GAGGAGCGGUCGCGGUUGGUUGUGCGGACUCUUUCCAUGGCUACCUCGGCGCUGCAGGAGCGGAGGAAGCGUCUUGUAAACAGGGUGGGCCGACACCUGCCGUGCAACACCAUCCAGGUGGUGUCUGACUUCGCCAGGGUGGCCACAAAGGUGGUGGAAAACAUCCUCUCCAAUCCCGCCGACGUUAAGUUCAGGGAGCUCCGCGCCAACAACAAGACCAUCCAGCGGGCGGUGCUCAGCUGCCACGGCGGCCGAGAGUUCCUGUCCCUGUUGGGCUUCGAAAAGAUCACAAAGAACGGGGAGGUGGUGUACUUCCUGGCGGAGCCGCACGUGGACCACCUGACGCAAGCGAAGGGAUGGCUUGCGGAGCGCGUCAAGUCGUGCGAGCAGUCGGAGGGGUCGGUCGGGGGCCGAGCAUGCGCGGACUCAGUGCUGACGGUGCUCCUGACUAGCGGACAGACGCUGGAGGGCGGCUUCUACAAGCAUGAGACCAUCCACGACGUCUACGCGUUCUUGCAGUCCAGUGUCGUCAACGGGGGAGAGGACUUGCGGCUGCGCACGACAACCGUACCGGAAACCGAGCUAGGAGAACAAAUGCUGCCGGUGUCUCUGGCAGAUGCAAAACUGCUCCCGAGUGCUACCCUUGCGGUGGUCAAGCCUUCCGUGGCGCCACCGCCACCGAAAAAGACCCGCCGGAACGAGUCAGAAGAGGCGGCUGAGCAGCUACGACUGCUGCAGGAGAACAGCGCGAGGAAGAACCGGGAUGCCAUGGCAGAAAAGGAGAAGAAGGAAGCAAUGGCGAAAUUCAGGGCGGACCGGGUAGCGCGCGCAGCGGCACCGCAGAAUGGCGACAGCGGGGUGGAAGAGACGAAGGGCGGCCGUCGGUGAAAACGGCAAAGUAGAAGGAAGGCGUUUGCUCCGUGUGAAGCGGGGGGAGGGG